AUGGCUCCGCUCACGAGGAGCAUGACUACCUCCGCUUCAGAAGUCGACUCCACACCUUCACCUACAGUGGAGAACGCAGGUCUCUCCAGCGAGAAUGCCACCGGAAGUCUGAAGGAUUCCUUGUACCUGCCACUUGAUGAGAAUGAGCAAGAAAUCCGGCUGCUCACAUUGCACGCCGGCGCUGACGACACACCAAUCGAGCUCUCCCUAGAAUACACAUCUCUCUCGAAUGCCGACUCAUUUAUAGCGUUAUCAUACUGCUGGGGCCCUCCUGAUGAUGGAUCAGAGGUUAUUCUAGAUGGCCAGGUGAUCAGAGUUCGGCGGAAUCUCUGGCAAUUCCUGCAGAAUUUUUGGUCUGUCAAAGGACCGAGCAGACUCUGGGUUGACUACCUGUGCAUAGAUCAGUCCAACGUCAAGGAACGCAACCAUCAGGUCAAACUCAUGAAAGACAUUUUCAGCACUGCAGCUAGCGUUUAUGCUUGGCUCGGCGAGGCUGAUCCUGAUACGGACUAUGCCAUCACCUACAUGAAUCUCGCGUUGAGCAUUCCACGCCAACGGCGGUCCAAAUCGAUUCCUCGAGAGGUCGGCCGGCGGGGUACGAAGGCUCUGGGAUCUCUUAUCAAGCGUGACUAUUGGACUCGUGUCUGGAUAAUCCCAGAGAUUGUUCUCGCGCAGAAGGUGUUCCUGAUGAUCAGCGAUAGAGUCAUUGACUGGGAGGACUUACAAGACGUUACCACUAGACGACUGACACCCCUUAUAAGACGUACGAGAAAGAACACUGCCUCAAGAGAGAACUUUCGCAAUAUCUGGGAACUCAAAAGAAAACAUAACGCAGUCUGGAACCUUUACGAGCUUCUCGGAAGAUUCCACCAGGCUGAUUGCCAUGAUCCGAGAGAUAGACUUUAUGGACUACUCGGCCUCACAUCUGCCUCUGUUCGCUCAGAGGUAAUAGUCGAUUAUACAUCAUCCAUCAUGGAGGUCUGCGCAGCGAACAUGGAAGUCAUUUGCGGACGUUUCCCUAGCAAAGGGGAAAGUGGGCUCUAUGCUCGCAAUGUAGAAGUUGUCGUCCGCUGGAUCCUAGGCUCUAAACCUGGAUCAUUGCAAACCUUUUACAACAGAUCCAUACCUUCUCAGGUGAAAACCCCGAUCGUGAUGGAGGUCAUUCUAGAGGCACGGCCGGUGUCACUCCAUACAGUCGCGGCAUUCAACUCUGAAGAGGACAGAUACGUGGAAAUGACGUCGGCCACUGAACGGUUAUCCUUCCAUUCAUACUUAACGAGGUGCCAGGCCAACGAAUACAAGGACCAAAUUAUCUGUUCGACCACCCAUUGGCGGGACUGGGAUUUCAUACUCAUGCUUGGACCUUCUGCUAUCUUGCCUGUUCGGAAGACUGCCGAAUCGUAUACUGUAAUGGAAAUUGGAGGAAGCUCCACUACUGACCGGUUCAGCAGCACCUCUUAUGGAAUAUGCCCUACGGAUUGGCGGAUCGGAAGAAUUCCAGAUGUGCAAUGCACAGUGCUAGAGGAGCCCGUAGGCGGAUGGUGUAGAGUACAACUCAACCCCGCAGCAUUCGUGGAGUGGAUGAGAAUUUGCAACUUCAAGAAGGGCUGGCGGAUGAGUGAUAUAAUGAAACCGUCAAGUUGA